CGCAGGUGAGUCCACCUCCUUGCCUAAUUGAUUGUCGCAGGGAGGUGUAACCAGGGCGACGCGCAGAGCACCUCCGCGCCCCGCGCGCCGACACCUGGAUGACUCUGACUCUCACAUGGACGUUAGGGAAGCCGCGCUGUGACACCUGCAGGAGGAAUUACAGCCGCCCGUCACCACAGGCGAACAUCUCACACAAAGGAGGCCCGCGCAGCGUCGAGCAUGAGGGCGCAGUGUGUUCUGACUGUGGCCGUCGUCGUGUCUGUGGCGAUGGUGGGGCUCAUGAGCGUCCGCAAGAAGGAGUACGAAAGCGAGGACAAGCGGAACAGGUUUGAAGAUAUCAAGCUGCGGGUGACCAACGAUGUGCUGGGGGAGUACCAGGACGAGACGGCAGAGACGCAGAACCUGCUGGAUAAGACUCAGAGGGAGCACCAAGCGCUGGAGAAGCAAGUGAACGUGAUCAUGACGAAAGAAGAUUCGACGAAGAGUGACCUGCAAUUCUGCCAGGGAGCCCAGAAAUCUGCAACCGAUGAGCUGGCGAUAGUAGAGGCCGAAUACAGUAACCUCAAAGCGGGUAUCGAUAAGGAGAACGCCAGCUGGACGGCAGAAAUCGAAACAUUGAAAAAGCAACUAGAAGCGCGGAGCCCAGUGUGUGACUUUUUGAAAAAAAACUCACAAGCAAUAAGCAACUUGUGUGGCAUAGAAGUGAAUGUGGACGUCCCUAAACAAGAGGAUCCAAAGGCGGAGGCCCCUAAACAAGGAGACCUGAGCGCAGAAGCCUCUAAAAAAGAAGAACUGGGCACAGAAGCCCCUAAACAAGAAGAACCAAAAGCUGAAGUCCCUAAGACGAGAUGAGGUGUUACGACUCGUGCUUGCCACUCCACAGCGAUCAUGAGGGAUGUUUCUGAAUAUUUCUUUUCCAUCUGUUUUUUAUUUUUAUGCAACAAAUUGAUGAGGAUUGAGGAUACGUCCUGAUGUGGGUCAUAUGUUUUUGUAUGUGUGUGUACGCUGGUGUAAAAUACUUCAUAAUAAACAGAUUGUGUCACAGUGGAAAAGUUUUGUGCCGGCUGGGUUCAAGAGUUCACUGUCAUCUGUUGCCAUUGAACAGCAGCGUGAGAAGAGGUUUCUUCACUGCAACAGUGAUUGUUGUCCAUAAUUCACUUUGAAUUAAUGGCACAAAGAAAAAAAAAGCACAGCUGAGAAGGAAGUUUUUUUUUU